AUGACUUAUUAUGGUGGGGCUUCCCCAACCACGAACCUUCCCUCGAGUGGUAGUGAGACCCAUACGCCCUCAUCUGCCGCCAACAGGAGCGGGCUUAACUUUGGGCCUCUGAGGUUUGCCGGCCAAGCCAACUGGAUCUUCCGGGACGACGUCACGGUGGCACAGGUUGUCAUUAGCUACACGGUCACGGAAUCGCCCGUGCGCUUCAUCACGGCCUUUCCGGCCGGUAACACGGGCGCCCUCGCGUACUUCCACCCUCUACAUGGUACUCUGGGAGUGUCACUGACGAGCGUGGGUAGCGUGGUUCACGACGACGGCCAGCGGGGUAUCGUCGGGCAGCUGAGUUUCCGCGGUGACGCAAGAUUGGGAUUGACAGUCCUCGGAUCGGUGCGUACCCUCCGCGAAGUCGCCGGGGCAGGGAAGAGCAGCAACCUCGUCACUCGGCUUGGCGGGUACGACGGCGACAGCGUGUGGCUCACUCGUACAUGGCUCGACGGCACAGUGCAACACCUUGGUCUCUUCGCAGGAAACAACACGCGUGUGGAUGUCAGGCCGGCCAACGACCCCGCCGGCUUCCCAAGCGUCAACAUCUCUCGGGUUGACGUCAACCAUGACGCGACAGUCAAGUUUGAGAGCACGUUCAAUUUCACCUCCUCGCUCCGUGGACUGGGGAUGGAUGACCUCUUCCCCUCCUCAGAGGACGUAGACAUCAUCCAGGCCAUCCGCGCCAAUAAGGAGGUGGUGGACCAGCUCGCUUUCCUCGCGUAUGAAUCCGAGUUCCUCGCCGGUGGAUGGCGCUUCUUGACCUACUUUGGCCGAGACACCCUCCUCGCAAUGCAGGUUCUUCUUCCGGUGCUCUCGCCGCAGGCGUGCGAAGGUAUCCUGGCUGGUGUGAUACAGCGUACCGGCCCAGACGGGGAGCUGUGUCAUGAAGAGACUAUCGGCGAGUACGCCGCCAUCCUCAAUAUCCAGGAGGGACAUCCCGAGCGCGGAACGGCACCAGUCUACGACUACAAGAUGGUCGACACCGAUUUCCUUCUUCUCCCGGCCCUCGGUGCCUAUGCCGAGCGGUAUCCAGUCCGAGCGCGGGAGUUCAUGGCCCGCAACUCCACCCUGGUUCCCGGCACGUUUCGGGAGCUUGUGCAGAGCAAUGCUGACCGGGUACUCCGCCUCGCGCAGCCAUUUGCCGAGAACCCAGGAAAGGAACGCUUGAUCGCGUUCAAGGCGUGGCCGUUCGGUAACUGGCGCGACUCGGCGGCAGGCAACGGGUGGGGUCACUACGCAUUUGAUGUGAACUGUGCGAUGGUCCCCGCCGCGCUGCGUGCCAUGUCGAACUUGGCGGGCUCGCUGCUCCCCGCAUCAUAUGACGUUCGCGCAUGGGCGGAGACCUGGGAAAACGAGGCGUGUGCGCUUUUCGCUGUCCCCAUCUCCGCCGCAGAAGCUGAAUCGCGCCUCUCAACCUACGUACAGGCGGCUAACCUAUCCUCCGACCUCCUCUAUGGCGCGGGAAGCCUUAAUGGUUCCAAGUCCAAGGGAUGGAGCGAUCCGGAGUACGUCGUCGGCGCCGUCCCGCUGUACGCCCUGGCGCUCUCCGACGCUCCAGUAGUGGUCCAACAUUCAGACCUAGCCUUUGUUCUGCUCUACUCCCCAACCGCUCCCGAAGGGAUAAUCCGCGCGACAAUAGCCGCGCUCCAACCGUACCCUCGCGGCCUCUUAACAAACGUGGGCAUGGUCGUGGCCAACGCAGCGUACGAUCCAGAUCCCCUCACCUCCAAGUUGUUCGAGAACACAGCGUACCACGGCGCUGUGGCCUGGAGCUGGCAGCAAGCUUUCAUGGCAGCGGGGAUCGAACGACAACUCAAAUUGUGCGAGACUUCAAAGCCAGCUUGGAUCGCUCUCGCUCCAGCACUGAAGCAAGCCCAAAUGAGGUUGUGGGACGCGAUACAGGGAUCCGCGCCUGUGCUCUGGACAGAAGUGUGGUCACCUAUCUUCCAUGAAGGCAAGUUUGCAAUUGGCGAUCUUGGGGCCAUCUCGGCAGAUGGGAGCGAGGGGGACGCAGUGCAGUUGUGGAGCUAUGCGUUCCUCGCGCUCCGGGAUGCGAGGACGGGGCGGCCAGUUGCGGCUGGGUUUGAGUAG